CUCCGAAUUAGGGCCAAGCGAUAGAACGUGGUCAGUGUCCCCGAAUAAACUUUUGCUCCAAUAGCGUAUUGUUGAAGUAUUUUUGGUCUCUCCUUGUUCCAGGGUUCAAUGGCCGAGGCGCGAUUUGAGGAACGCCUUCAUGAUUUAUUUGCCUGGGUUUUGCGUUCCUGCCGCGACCCUCAGGGGCCUUGUAUGCUCCGACUAAACCCGCUAGAGUAUGCUUGGGCGAGUUGAGACUUGAAACAGGUAGGAUUUGAUGUGCAUGGCAGUCAUGCAUCCUGACCGUUCGUUCCCCGCAACUCAGAAGUAGGUCGCCUUUUCUUGUUUUAUAUUUUGUUAGUCUCGGCCAUUCCUACUUAGUCUCGGCCAUUCCCAUGAUGCGGAUCGGUCCAAAGAUGCUUGAUAUCACUCUCGUCUGUGUCACCCAUCCACAAGAGCAUUGGGCACUAAUAUGUCGACUCCGAGUAUAGAUGUUAUAGCGAGUUGGCCGACACCUAACUAUGACAACCCCCACGAGCCCUUGGACGCCGUCAUCUAUGCUGUCAAUAUUCCUCUGAUGGCCCUAAUGACAGUUUUUGUUGCGGGCCGGUUCGUAUCACGGACAUUCCUUGUGCGUAAUGCACUCGGAAUAGAUGAUUGGAUGAUGCUUAUUGCAUACGUGCUAGCCAUGGCGAUGUCGGCAUGUCAGUUAGUUGAGCCUAGGUAUGGCAUAGGCCGGCACCUAUAUGACGUGAGGUAUGCAUGGUACCCUUCAUUAGGAAAAUUGACCAUUGCGAUCCAAGCCGUCUUUGCGCCUUGCUCCGCCAUAACGAAAAUCUCGAUAUGUUUGACAUAUCUUCGCCUCUUUCCUUCGAGGACAAAUAAAUGGUUCAACUAUAUCACGAUGACAAUCCUGGCAGGGUUCGGAAUAUCGACCACGGUCACAAUGAUGUUGCAAUGCAUACCUCUAUCUGAUAUUUGGGCGGUUCUCAAGCCGAUGGAUCAAAAACAGUGUAUCGAUUCGGAGAAAUUCUUCAUUGCCGCUGCCGCCAUCAACAGCAUAACUGACUUCAUGGUUUAUCUUUGGCCGAUCCACUAUCUCUGGAAAGUGAAGCUUAGCCUGGCGAAGAGAAUCGGACUAAUAGUUUGUUUUGGUGUUGGAGUCCUGAUUUGCAUUGCAGGCGUGGUUCGUAUAACCUGGCAGGUUAAGUUUGCUCAGUCCUGGGAUCAGACUUACAAUGGCGCCAUUAUAUUCAUAAUUGUGGCUGUGGAAUGUAACCUCGGUGUGGUUUGUGGUUGUCUCCCAGGUGUCAGGCCACUGAUGGCGAAGAUAUUCCCCAGCCUGGCCAGCUCAACCUACAAUUCAGGCCGAGCAAAGAUCAGCCAUGGACACCACAGCUCCAGCCUGAAAUCGGGGCCGGAGUACCAGGACAUGCACUCAAUCCAUGUCAGGAAGGAUGUCGAACUAUCAGUUGUAAACAGGUCUGCCAAUGAACGAUGGGACAGACCGGCGAUCCCAACUGGGAGGAGCGAUAGUGAAGAAUGGAUCUUCCGGCCAUAA